AUGGAGUCCUCCGACGACGGGGGCUCCGGUCCGCCGGCAGCGGUGGGGAUGGGAAGUCCCGGCCCUUCGUCGGCCCCUGCGGCCGUUGGCGGUGCGAGUAGCGCACCUGGCGCGUCUGGAUCCGGGGGGAAGCCGCCGGUGAAGCGCGUCAUGAAAACGCCCUACCAGCUGGAGGUUCUCGAGAGGACGUAUGCAGAGGAUUCGUACCCAAACGAGACGAAGCGGGCGGAGCUGUCGGUGCAGUUGAACCUCACAGACAGGCAGCUGCAGAUGUGGUUCUGCCACCGCCGGCUCAAGGACCGGAAACCGCCGGCCAAGAGGCAACUGAGGGACGAGGAGGUUAGCGUCCCAGUCAUAGCGCCGCCGCCGCCGCCUGUGCUUCCGCCUCCAUUGCUGCCCAGCGAGAUGAUAUUGGGGACUGUUGGAACCUAUGGUGAGCAGCUGCCACCCUAUUCCAGGAGAGGGCCUGGCCGGUCAUCGGCUGUGCCUAGGCUAUCUGUGCCGGAGAUUGGGAGGAGAUACUAUGAACCACCACAAGUUAUGCUGCCUCACAUGGCACCAGUGCACCUUACGCAAGCGGAGCAUCGGGUGAUCGAUUCUGUAGAAUCACUUAUAGGGGAACCUUUGAGGGAUGAUGGGCCAGUGCUUGGUAUUGAAUUUGAUCCACUUCCUCCUGGUGCAUUUGGCGCACCUAUCGUUCCUGAGCCACCAAAGCAGUCCUUCCGAUCAUAUGAGACCAAGAUGUUUUCUGGGCAUGAUCCCAAACCCAUGAAGGCUUCGGCAUUCUUUCCUACCACAGACCCUUUACUUCCAAAUACAGGGAAACGAAAGUCCUUGGUUGGGUCUUCUCAUCUUGGCUCACAGGCAGUACAUGAAUACCAGUUUCUUCCUGAGCAGCCAAGUGACACAUAUGAGAGGGCAAGUCAGUCGCGCUUCUAUGAUGCUCCAGCAGAGGUGUCAAACUUGAGGGUAGCUCCUCUGUCUACAGGUUCACGCUCCUCUGGCUAUACGUUACACAGUCAAUCAUCUGGUUCUAGCCAUUUGGCUCAACGUGGCAGAUCGCCCAUUGCAUCUGCAUUGACAGAUCAUGAGGGGGCUUUGUCAAAUAUUAAUGUUAGCCCAGCUCCAAUCCACGGUCAAUUUGGCAUCCCUCAAGUUCCCGGAUUCGAAAGCUCCCUCGCAUCCUCUGAAAGAAUGGGAUAUCAUGAUGAUGAUACAUAUCGUGUGGACAGAAAGCGCAAGCAUAUUGAGGAAGCUAAGAUUGCUAGGGAGGUUGAGGCUCAUGAAAAGAGAAUCAGAAAGGAGCUUGAGAAGCAAGAUCUGCUGAACAGAAAGAGAGAAGAACAAAUGCGGAGGGAAACAGAUAGACUUGAUCGUGAGAGACGUAAGGAAGAGGAGAGGUUGAUGCGUGAAAGACAGAGGGAAGAAGAGAAAUUGCAAAGGGAACAAAGACGUGAACACAAGCGUAUGGAGAAGUUUAUGCAGAAACAAUCUAUAAGAGCUGAAAAACUAAAACAAAAAGAGGAGCUUCGUCGAGAGAAAGAAGCUGCGAAGCAGAAGGCUGCUAAUGAGAGGGCUACAGCACGUAGAAUCGCGCGAGAGAGUAUGGAACUGAUGGAAGAUGAACGCUUAGAACUGUUAGAACUGGCCUCUCGUAGUAAAGGGCUGCCCUCGAUGGUUUCUCUUGAUAGUGACACAUUACAGCAGCUUGAUUCAUUUAGAGGAAUGCUGGGAAAGUUUCCUCCUGAAACUGUGAGACUAAAGGUGCCUUUUUCAAUAAAACCAUGGGCAGCUUCCGAGGAUAUUAUUGGAAACCUUUUGAUGGUUUGGAAGUUUUUUGUUACCUUUGGUGAUGUUCUUGGGCUUCCAUCAUUCACAUUGGAUGAGUUCGUGCAGGCUCUUCAUGAUUAUGAUUCAAGGCUCUUAGGUGAAUUGCAUGUUGCUCUGCUGAAAUCUAUCAUUAAAGAUAUUGAGGAUGUUGCCCGAACUCCGUCAGUUGCUUUAGGCGUAAAUCAGAGCAGUUCUGCUAAUCCUGGAGGUGGCCACCCACAAAUUGUUGAAGGGGCGUAUGCUUGGGGCAUCAACAUACUUAACUGGCAGCGCCACUUGAACUUUCUUACAUGGCCUGAAAUAUUGCGCCAAUUUGGUUUAUGUGCUGGUUUCGGGCCUCAGUUAAAGAAAAGCGAUGCUGAAAUUGUCCAUCAUCGCAACGAUAACGAGGGCCGUAAUGGUGUAGAUGUCAUUUCCUUUCUGCGAAAUGGUUCAGCGGCUGUAAAGGCUGCUGCUUUAAUGAAAGAAAGAGGGUAUACUAAUCGUCGCAGGUCUCGACACCGUCUGACACCUGGAACAGUAAAGUUUGCUGCUUUCCAUGUACUGUCACUUGAAGGGAGCAAAGGUCUCACGAUAUUGGAAGUCGCAGAAAAGAUCCAGAAAUCUGGACUGAGAGACCUUACAACAAGUAAGACACCAGAGGCAUCUAUAUCUGCGGCAUUAUCGAGAGACACUAAGCUUUUUGAAAGAACGGCACCUUCGACAUAUUGUGUUAAAACUCCUUACAGAAAGGACCCAGAUGACUCUGAGGCUGUGUUGUCAGCAGCACGUGAAAAAAUCAGGGUGUUUCAGAAUGCGCUUUCGGAGUGUGAAGCAGUGGAGAAGGACGUGGAUGAGGCUGAAAGGGAUGAGGAUUCUGAAUGUGAUGAUGCUGAUGAUGACGCUGAUGGUGAUGACGUGAAUAUUGAGGACAAGGAUGCCAAGUCUCCCCUAGUUGGAGCUCAAUAUGGUGCACAAAGUACAGUAGUUGGUGACAUAAAGAAAGAAUCAAACAGUGUGAUGAACACAUCAGUGUCACCAAGCAUUCAGAUUAAAUCUAGUGCAAGUUUACCAUUGCAUACUUUAGACAGUAAAACAAGUAGUUCAACUGAUCCAGAAGUUGGAGGUGAUGCUAAAAACACUGAGAUAGACGAAAGUAACCAAGGGGAGUCCUGGGUACAGGGGCUAGCUGAGGGUGACUACUGUGAUCUUAGUGUGGACGAACGCCUCAAUGCUUUGGUUGCGCUUAUUGGUGUUGCCACUGAAGGAAAUUCUAUCCGUGCAAUUCUGGAGGAACGCCUUGAAGCAGCAAGUGCUUUAAAAAAACAAAUGUGGGCUGAGGCACAACUUGAUAAGAGGCGUACAAGGGACGACUUUACUAGUAAGACACAGUAUGAUUCUUGUGUGGGUAUGAAGGUUGAUACAGAUCAAGAAAAUGCUGCUGAAAGUACCCUUACGCCAGUGCAUAACCCUAUUAAAAACAAUAACGGAAAUGCCAGUUUGACGAACAAUGAUUUGCUUGAUGACAAGCAGAACCAGCUUAUUACUGGUGAUGUAUUUCAUCAGCGGAAUGGUGUAAGCCGAGAAUUGAGUACUAACCCCGAAAGCUUGUCUGUUCAGCAAUAUGCUUCAUCUGAGAAAACUAGAUCUCAGUUGAAAUCCUUGAUAGGUCACAAGGCAGAACAGCUUUACGUGUACAGAUCGCUACCCCUUGGACAAGAUCGGAGACGGAACCGGUAUUGGCAGUUUUCUGCAUCUUCAUCAUCCUAUGACCCUGGUUCGGGAAGAAUCUUUUUUGAAUCUAGAGAUGGAUACUGGAGGGUCAUUGAUUCAUCUGAGGCGUUUGAAGCUUUGGUAGCUUCCCUUGAUACUCGUGGCAUCCGUGAGUCACAUCUGCACUCAAUGUUGCAAAGUAUCGAGCCAACUUUUAAGGAAGCUGUUGAGAGGAAAAAGUGUGCUAGUUUAGAACACACAACUGGACGGACUUUGAAAAAUGGAAGUAAUGAAAGUCCAAACUGCAACAAUGAGUUUGGAAGUCCAUGCAGUACCCUUUCUGGUGUUGCUUCUGAUAAUCUUAUGGCAUAUUCAGAUACUUUCAAGAUAGAGAUUGGGCGCAAUGAAGCCGAGAAAAAUUCUAUCUCGAAAAGGGCUUCCGUGUUUCUGAAAUGGAUGUGGAGAGAGUGCUACGGUCACCAAUCCACAUACGCCAUGAGAUAUGGAAAGAAGUGGUGCCCUGAGUUGAUUCAAUCUUGUGACCAUUGCUACCAGAUAUUCUUAGCUGAAGAAAGGCACUGUUCUUCUUGCCACAAGACAUUCAAACCCAUUCACAAUUUCUUGGAGCACUCAUCACAAUGUGAAGAAAAACAGAGAACGGAUCCUAAUUGGAAGACGCAAAUUGUGGACUUUUCUGUACCCGUAGGAUUGAGAUUGCUGAGGCUGCUCUUAGCUACCAUUGAGGCUUCAGUACCGGCAGAAGCUCUCCUACCUUUUUGGACGGAUGGGUAUCGAAAAUCUUGGGGUGUGAAGUUGUAUUCUGCAUCAUCUGCCGAAGAAGUCUUGCAGAUGCUUAGUGUGCUGGAAGGUGCAAUAAAGCGAGAUUACUUAUCAUCUAACUUUGAAACGACAACUGAGUUGCUUAAUUCAAAAACACAAGAUGCUACCCAGAAUUCAGUUGGAGGUUCUGCAUCUGCCACUGUACUUCCAUGGGUUCCUGAUACUACCGCUGCUGUCGCCUUAAGAUUGUUAGACUUGGAUACUUCCAUCUCAUACACACUUCCUCCAAAGUUGGGUUCAAAUAAGGAGCCAGAAGCUGGAGAUUUCAUGAAGCUUCCACCGAGAUAUCCUUCUAUUAGUAAGAACAAACAAGAAAUAGAACAGUUCAGACCUAUUGGUUUUGAUCAACAGGAUGGAGCGCUGCUAACUAACAGCAAUGGUCGUAGAGGUCAUGGACGGGGAGGUAGAGGAGGUGGCAGGGGAGGUAGAUCUCGUGGUCGUGGUGGUAGGAUUCCCAGGGGUAUUGGCAGCUCUUCCAGGAUUCAGUUCAGGGAUGACAAUAGUGUGCCCUAUGGGAGAGCCCCUCGAAAGAAUGCACGCGGUGGGCGUAACCGUGGCCGUGGCCGUGGACUUCGAACUGUUAGACCUCGGCAACCAUCUGAGCUCAGUGCCAGAUCAAUUCCAAAGGCAAACCUAUUGGGCAGCUUUAGUAUGCUAAGUAAGGCAAAUCACACUGGCACUAUGCAUUCUCCUGAGAGCUCAGGUGCAGAAGAGUGGGCCUUGGAGAGAAGGGAAUAUGUCAAGGAUGAUGAUGACAAUUCGGUCUCUCAAUCCGAUGAGUCAGAGGAGGAAAAUGGUGAGCCUAUGAACGAGGAAUAUGAUGAGCAGAUUUCAGUCUAUCCAAGGGACAAUUCGGAGUCCAGCCCUGUACAAAUGAUGGAUGAUGCGAGUGACGAUAACGAUGAGGAUGCUGAAGGAGAUGAGGGUGAGGAGGAUGGAGAGGACUAUGAAGCUGAAGAUCCUGCUGGUGAUGAGGAUGACGACGUUGAGAUGGGUGGGGAUGAUGACAUUCGGGACGACGACGAUGACGAUGGUGGAGAUGGAGCAGCCAACUCAGAUGAGGAUGAAGGUGAUACAUCAUCAUAUUCUUCAGAGUAUACUGAAUGA